CGCCUCCGCCCGCCGCCCGGGCCGCGUCGGGUAAACCUGUUUGGCGAGGCGGCCACACCGGGGCGGAUCGUGCGGCCGGCGGCUCCCUCGCGGCUCGCGGCCGCCCCUCGGCCCCGGAGCCCCUCGGCGGCGCCACCAUGUACUCGGGAGCCGGCCCCGUGCUUGCGCCUCCUGCGCCGCCGCCCCCCAUCCAAGGAUAUGCCUUCAAGCCUCCACCCAGACCUGACUUUGGGACCUCCGGGAGAACAAUCAAAUUGCAGGCCAAUUUCUUCGAAAUGGACAUCCCCAAAAUUGACAUCUAUCAUUAUGAAUUGGAUAUCAAGCCCGAGAAAUGUCCAAGGAGAGUCAACAGGGAAAUAGUGGAACACAUGGUCCAGCACUUUAAAACACAGAUCUUUGGGGAUCGGAAACCAGUGUUUGAUGGAAGGAAGAAUCUUUACACAGCCAUGCCCCUUCCAAUUGGGAGGGAGAAGGUGGAGCUGGAGGUCACGCUGCCAGGAGAAGGCAAAGAUCGCAUCUUCAAGGUGUCCAUCAAGUGGGUGUCCUGCGUGAGCUUACAGGCGUUACACGAUGCACUUUCUGGGCGGCUGCCCAGCGUCCCCUUCGAGACGAUACAGGCCCUGGAUGUGGUUAUGAGGCAUUUGCCAUCCAUGAGGUACACGCCUGUGGGCCGCUCCUUCUUCACCGCGUCUGAGGGCUGCUCCAACCCCCUUGGUGGGGGCCGAGAAGUGUGGUUCGGCUUCCAUCAGUCUGUCCGACCUUCUCUUUGGAAAAUGAUGCUGAACAUUGAUGUGUCAGCAACAGCGUUUUAUAAGGCACAGCCAGUUAUCGAGUUUGUUUGUGAAGUUUUGGAUUUUAAAAGUAUUGAAGAACAACAAAAACCUCUGACAGAUUCCCAAAGGGUAAAGUUUACCAAAGAAAUUAAAGGUCUAAAGGUGGAGAUAACGCACUGUGGGCAGAUGAAGAGGAAGUACCGAGUCUGCAAUGUGACCCGGCGGCCUGCCAGCCACCAAACGUUCCCGCUGCAGCAGGAGAGCGGGCAGACGGUGGAGUGUACGGUGGCCCAGUACUUCAAGGACAGGCACAAGCUGGUUCUGCGCUACCCCCACCUUCCAUGUUUACAAGUCGGACAGGAGCAGAAACACACCUACCUUCCCUUGGAGGUCUGUAACAUAGUGGCAGGACAGAGGUGUAUUAAAAAACUGACAGACAAUCAGACUUCAACCAUGAUCAGAGCGACUGCUAGGUCGGCACCCGAUCGGCAAGAAGAGAUUAGCAAAUUGAUGCGAAGUGCGAGUUUUAACACAGACCCGUAUGUUCGUGAGUUUGGGAUCAUGGUUAAAGAUGAAAUGACGGAUGUGACUGGACGGGUGCUGCAGCCGCCCUCCAUCCUCUAUGGGGGCAGGAAUAAAGCCAUUGCCACCCCUGUCCAGGGCGUCUGGGACAUGAGGAACAAGCAGUUCCACACGGGCAUCGAGAUCAAGGUGUGGGCCAUCGCAUGCUUUGCCCCACAGCGCCAGUGCACAGAAGUCCAUCUGAAGUCCUUCACAGAGCAGCUCAGAAAGAUCUCAAGAGACGCUGGCAUGCCCAUCCAGGGCCAGCCGUGCUUCUGCAAGUAUGCGCAGGGAGCGGAUAGCGUGGAGCCCAUGUUCAGGCACCUGAAGAACACGUACGCGGGUCUGCAGCUGGUGGUGGUCAUCCUGCCCGGCAAAACCCCUGUGUAUGCUGAAGUGAAACGCGUGGGAGACACUGUGCUGGGCAUGGCCACGCAGUGUGUGCAGAUGAAGAACGUGCAGCGGACCACUCCGCAGACCCUGUCCAACCUCUGCCUGAAGAUCAAUGUCAAGCUGGGAGGCGUGAACAACAUUCUGCUGCCCCAGGGCAGGCCUCCAGUGUUCCAGCAGCCCGUCAUCUUCCUGGGAGCAGACGUCACUCACCCACCCGCAGGGGAUGGGAAGAAGCCUUCCAUUGCUGCUGUGGUGGGUAGCAUGGACGCCCACCCCAACCGCUACUGUGCCACGGUGCGCGUGCAGCAACACCGGCAGGAGAUCAUCCAGGACUUGGCCGCCAUGGUCCGUGAGCUCCUCAUUCAGUUCUACAAGUCCACGCGCUUCAAGCCCACCCGCAUCAUCUUCUACCGUGACGGAGUCUCCGAGGGACAGUUCCAGCAGGUUCUCCACCAUGAGCUGCUGGCCAUCCGCGAGGCCUGCAUCAAGCUGGAGAAGGACUACCAGCCGGGGAUCACCUUCAUCGUCGUGCAGAAGAGGCACCACACACGGCUCUUCUGCACCGACAAGAACGAGCGGGUUGGGAAGAGUGGAAACAUUCCAGCAGGCACGACUGUGGACACGAAGAUCACCCACCCGACAGAGUUCGAUUUUUACCUGUGCAGUCACGCAGGCAUCCAGGGGACAAGCAGGCCUUCGCACUAUCAUGUCCUUUGGGAUGACAAUCGUUUCUCUUCCGAUGAGCUGCAGAUUCUAACCUACCAGCUGUGUCACACCUACGUGCGCUGCACACGCUCCGUGUCCAUCCCCGCGCCAGCAUACUAUGCUCACCUGGUGGCCUUCCGGGCCAGGUACCACCUGGUGGAUAAGGAGCAUGACAGUGCUGAAGGAAGCCACACCUCUGGGCAGAGUAACGGGCGAGACCACCAAGCACUGGCCAAGGCGGUCCAGGUUCAUCAGGACACUCUGCGCACUAUGUACUUUGCUUGACAUGUUUUAGUGUUUAGCGAUUGUAUACCGAGUUGGAUUCACAUGAGACCAGCUACACUCAGACCAACCGAUGGCCAGCCCUUCCGUGACAGCCAGCAUCAAACAUGAGACAUCAUUGGUUUUCUUAGAUUCUCCAUUUUCCAGAAUGCCUUCCGUCCCAGAUUUCAAACUUGGAUUUUGAACUGCAGACCUGUAUGAGACCCCAAUGUCGUAGGAAAUAUGGUUUGCCAAAAUCUAUAAGCUGCUUAUUAAAAUAGAGUCCCAUGUUUCCUGAAAAUCUCCUAAAACCAGUCUAUGAACUCAGGGCUUUAAAACAUUUUUAAUUUAUUUGGUCAUUCAAUUUACUUAUUUUUAACACAUGAUUCUCUAUGAAAUUGAUGGGCUCAAACUAGCUAUGAACGUUCUCUGAGAGUAAAAGCAACAUGAAACACAAUUGUGGUUUUAAAGCCUUGAACAUUCUGAUGUUGUCACUAAAGUUGAUUUCCAAAUGAUGCUCGUGUGCUCCUGACAUGGCUCACACAAGCUCUUUGGGACAGAGGGCAGGUGGCCGUGCCGAGGUGUCCGCAGGUGUCUUGUUCUGCUGCUGCUGGCCUCACAUGCAGCCUGAGCUAGGGGGCAGUGGCAGAAGGUGGCCCUGUGUGUUUACAGCAUUUACAGGUCCAGAGAGAUUGGCAGACAAGUGCCAUUUUAAUAAAAAUUUAUUUAAAAAAGAAAAAAGACAAUAUACCGACAGUCUAAUCAUAAGAUUUGUCCUAUAGGACUGUGACAUUUAUUUUCCAAAGUUUCUAAAGAAUACGGGUCUGUGGUGAUAAAUACAGUACAAUCCUUUUUCACUGUUAAUGUCUUUAAUGUAAGAGAAAAAAAUAUAUAUAUCUGGUUUGCAGUAUUAAUGUGAUAGAUAGAAGCUGUUUUUCAUUUUCUUGACUACGGGGUGCUUCUUGUGAUCUGUUUGGCAUAUUAAGAGUGUUUGGCGCCUGCAGAGUGGACCACGCCUGCGGUUCUUAGUGCUCAAGUACCGGAAUAUGCAACUGACUUAAUGUGACAGCGACAGCCUCCCCCGUGUAGAUUGUAUAGCCUGUACCUUCCAGAGGGACGAGUGUGCUCACCACAUUUGCUCGCACCCUCCCACCUCCCCAUUCCCAUCCCCAUCCCAUGUCGCUCAGUUGGUGAAGCACAAAUGGAAUUUAUUCUUCCGUUGCCGGGAGCCAGGUUCACGCAUCACGGGGCGUCUGUCUCUGCAGCUCCUGUCGGGUGUGAGGCUGGCUGCCUGCAGAGCCCCCACAGGGCACGGCCAUACUGUGGCGUCUGCACUGGGGGCCCUCAGUGUGGGUUUGCCAAUAUGAGGGCCACCACAAGGAGUUCUAAAGGAUGACAACAGACAGCUCUAUGCCAAGUGGGCUUUUAGUCCUCGUACACAACUUUGGUAAGAAUCAGAUCCAUGUUUCAUGUAGAUUCAGGGAAGGGGCUGACCCUUCCCUGGGGCUGCUUCAUGCUCUUUAGGUGUUCUCCCUCCUGCCAUGUCCCCUCCCCAGCCCUAGUGACAUUUACCUCUGGCACUGCAGUGGGCUGAGGCCCAGUGGCGGGCCCCAUGCAGAGUGAACGCCCACCUCUGCCUUCUUGUUGACCUGUUUUGCAGGUGAUGGGAGGGAUGGUCAGUCCAGCUGCAAGAGCCCUGGGCACUCUGCCUGGAUUCAAGGCAGUGACAAAGGGAUGACAGUUAUUUGUGAAGAUUCACACUUGGAGCUCUGUGUGUGUGUGUGUGUGUGUACACGUGUGUGUGCAUUUGAGCGCAGGUGUCUUAUUAAUGGCAUUAGUCUCUUCUUGCUGUAUCUUUUUUUUAAUCUUUUGAAGUGACAGAAGCCUCUGCUCUAAGAAACAUUGCAAUUCCCUGUUGUUUUAUUAGCAAGUGGCACUUUCUUCUCUUUGCAGAAGGAUUCAAAUACACUCUUAAAUUACCAGAUGCAAUCAAGCUAAAAGAGGGAAUCUUUUGACUAACAAAGUUUUAAAAUCUAAAAUUAGGUUAGUUUUCAGCCAUUUUUAGAGUCAUCUGGAACCAUGUAUCUUAAAGGUGUGUUUCUGCCACAUGCAACAGGCUCUCAGUUGUCUGGGGAAUGGUGGUUCUUACAAUGCAGAUUGCUAGGCCUGCUGCAAACCUCUUGAAUUAGAUUCUCCAAGGCCUGGGCACAGCACCUGCAUUUUAAAGAUCACCGUAACCCUGGGCUCCCUGAUCUGGGACUUUCUCUCCCUGGUACUAAGGGGCCAGCGAGGGAGAACCCCUCAGCCAUGUAGGCAAUGUUUUCUAAGCUGAUACCCAGAAAAGAGUUCAUGCUGGCAGAAAAUUGGACCUAUAAAAAUGUUUUGUCCUUUUGAAGAAAAAUUUUCUUUUUGGUGGGCCAAAGUACUUUUAGAGGGGUACUUUUUUAUAGCCCUAUGCUUACUUUAUAAAACUUUUAAUACUAAAAAUGUUAUCAUAGACCAAAUGUGUCCAGUUGGGUCCACUACAUACCUUUGUACAUGUCUGAUGAUUCAGAAUUUAAAUGGCUAUAGUUACAGUUUCUCAGGUAAACAGUUGUUUUCCCAAAUUUCUACCAAUCCCUCCAUUAUUAGGAUGAAUUUUGAGACAGCUUAAAAUCUCAAAGUACAGUAUGCUAAGUCCCAACCCUGUUCACAAGGAAGCCAGUCCUGUCCAGCCAGAGCAGGGGUCCCAGGCAGCACCCUCUCUGUGCCUUCACUGCUUCCCCAGGGCACCGGGCCCAUUCAGACUGGGGGUGCCACUUGCUGGCUUUGUCCCCACCCCACUGUUAAGUAAGGUGUGCCUUGCUUUAAGUAAACUGAAUGUGAAAAUUAUGACGUAGAAAUCUGGGUUUAUUUGAAAGAAAAACUGGGAUAUAUCUCGUCUCUUUAAGAGAGGUCUCCCAAUUAGAUUCCUAUACUGGACUUUUCCUAAUAUAUUUUAAAAUAUUAGCUUUUAAAAAACCAUUGAGGUACUCCCAUCCCUUCACCACUAUCUAGUACAUUCUACACGUAUCUAAUAAGUGAUUCGAGGAACCCAGGGGAGUCAUGUGAAGUUGUCACUCUGUAUAAGAGCCCUUUGGUACUGCAAAGAUGCCACUCUGUCAUCAGUGUAUCAUAAGCUCACGUUUUCCUAGUUUAGAUAAAUUUUGUAAAACUGGGCAUAACUGUACUUUUAGAAAGGGAUUGUUUUAUUUUGGUUUUGUUUCAAGUACUUACUUCUGAUCCUACAUUUGAGGGCCUGCUUUUUCUUUUCAGGAGUGUGUGGCUUCUUGGCAGUGUUCUCACACUCCGUUGCGUCGGCUGGCCACGAGGGCGCUGCUGGAAGCGGGGGCUCCGUGCGGUUUGAGCCUGAACACCGCUCUGCUUGUGUUUCCCCGCGAUCAAGUGCUCAUUAGAAAGGACAGUUUAUGCUCAGCUCCUAUGUGGGGUUGAGAGGUGGUUUAUUGUUGUUGUUAUAUAUUAUUUUUAUUGUUGUUAAAUGCAAAUGUUGCUAUUUAUUUUUUUGGCCCCUGCUCUGGUUUGAUUUGGCCACUGUGGAUACUCUGGUGCAUGUGGUUACUAACGGAUAUGAUAGAAGUUAUUUUCCGCAACUUUUAUAAAUUCCCUAAUGUUCACCUUCAAGUUUGCCGGAUGAUUUAUUUUUGAAAGCCACAAAUGUAAUUUUUCUGGAUGAAUUGUUUUUCUUAUAUAUGCAGCAAUGUAAUUGUACAUUGAUCUGCAGGGUGAUUUAAAUUUUAUUUUUACAAGGCAGUUUUUCAGUCAAAUUAUAUAUUUGAUACAAUAUGUUAAGGAUGACCAGCCAGGUGUCAUGCGGUGGGGACACCACCAGAAUGUCUCGCGGGGCCUUUGGGGGCUGGGACGCUCUUCUUGGCUGCUUGCCAUGGUAGCACUUGACAUGUUUCAUGAGCCUGCAGGAACUGGAUGGAUGGAGUCCUCCAACCUGGCUUGACCUGUUGGACAGUUGAAAGGAAUUUUCAUGGGCAUUUCCUCCACUAAGGCAGUUCCAUUAGGAGGAGCUUUAGAAGUUGACAUAGUCCAGACAGUGGACAAUCCCAGUGGCCCAGACAAGCCAUAAGAAAUUUUCCUGUGACCUCUCUCUGACUCAUCUCUCACGCUCAUGAGGAAAGGAAUGUACAAUAAAUAGAAACAGAAACUUCCUCAGUGUUCAUACGCCUCACUUGCGAAUUGCAAGUGUAUUAUUUAUAUUUUAAGCCCUUCCCCAAAGCAACCAAGAAUAUUCUUUCUAGCUGCCGUGCCAGCAGUUCCGUCUGCUACGGCGUUUUCACGUAGACAUAGUGCACGUGUGGCUUUGUAAUGGAGGUGUCCAUGUUACACACACACAUGCUGACUCAUUUUUGUAAGGAAAAUUUUCAACUCAAAAUAAUUGCACUGAUUUUUCGACAACUUCUUUUUAUUAUGUCCAACUUUGCAUCUGCUGUAUUUGUUGAAAUGAUUGUAAAUAGAUUUAUGGUUAAAGUAAUAAUGGUGUGAACACAACGUGUUGUGUUUCUUGUGGCACUUCCCGUGUUGCAGUGUUGCCUGUUAGAGCCGUGCGGACUUCAUUCAUUCUGUUCGUGUCUUUAGCCUGAUGUCUGUUGACCGUUCAUGAAGGACAAAUUAGCCUCAUUUUCUUGUUUUUCUGAAAGGACUUUUUCAAUUUAUUAAAAGGGGAAUGUGCUCUCUUGAUAUCUGAAGAUUUUAUCUUAAAAGGAAUAAUUGUAAAUCUUUUGAACACUUUUUGGUCUGUUUAACUCCUUGUUUGCCAUGGCUCCCUGAAGUUUUUUCCAGUUUCAUCUGGCCUUUGACGGUUUGGAUAAGGGGCAGCCAUGAGCCCGUGUUACUAGAACACGACGGCCUCCUUUGCGUCUCUGCUCAGAAGUCACAGCCCUGAGAUAUCAAGACCAUCUGUGUGUCACUGUGUCAAGACCAUCCUAUCUGGCUGCAGCCAUGGAUGCCAGAGAGACCGGAGGCACAGUGCUGUUCCCGUGCUCUUGUGACAUUGUGGGUCUGUCUGUGGUCAGGCUCCCCAAGGUCACAGAAAGGAAGUGUUGAAUCCAGACCUGUCUGUGUGUCAGUGUCACGUCCGUUCUGUGGCAUGCGCUCUACUCAUGCUUCUUUGGAUGUGUUUUGCCAUUUUCUUGUCUAAAGCGAAUGUAUUGGCUUAGCCAAAUCACUACAGAAGGUGGUUUCUAAAUACCUUUUUGUUUAAAAAUGGAUGCAGAUAAAGGCUACCUCUGAAUUCUCAAUAGAUUCAUCAUGUUUGCUCUUAAGCAUAGCUGUCCACACUGAAAAUAGCCAAAAUUGUUGCCUGAAUAAACUGAAUUGUGAACAUCUCUUUGUUCAGUUCUGGCUUGAAAAUUUGUGUGCCAGCCUGUGAGCCUUGGGCAGUGCCUUCUUCCUCUGCUGUGUCGGGUGGACUCCUCAGCGCUGCCCGGCUCUGGGACCCUCGGAUUCUGAGAGGCCAGCACAAAUGGAAUGGGAGGGCUUUUCUGCAUGGGACAGCACACUGUCCUCCCAGGCUGGCAAGGAGCAUCUCUACGCAGGGCUACGUGUGGCAGAACCUUGAACAUGUCCUGCCUGGCUCUUCCCUUUACUGUUUAAUAGAAGAAAGCACUUUUGGGGUUUUUUGUUUUGGUUUUUUUUUUUGCUUUACUUAGGAAUGGGUUGGAAAUAGCUUCCUCCAGUCUCUUCUCCCUUUUUAUACACUCUGUAAAAUUACGAAGGUGCUUCAACACCAACUCUUGUACUAGUAAUAUGUUUUAAAUAGUUGGCGUGGUUUCAGAAGACAUGCAGAUUUGUUAGACCUUUGACUUUAGGGCCUUGAAUUGCUAUCACUCCCCACAAAAUGAACUGAGGGUCAAAAGCGAAGUGUUCUGUCCAAAUCCAGGGCCCUUUGUUUGAAAGGAGAGAGAGGUCCAAGGCCACUAGGGGCACCACGGACGCCUGACGCUGACUCCUAGGAAGUCUGUCCUGGGCAAGCUGAUGACUCUGCCCACCCUCCCUAUAAUUAACCACUUUGCUGUCAGCAAUGUAACCCACCCACACACUGUGCUGUACUGUGGAUCCUGGCCACCUCCAUUUUCUGUAGGCCCCCUGUGUCCUCCAGCCUUCAGAAGGUCAGCAUCUCUCCAAAGCACCUCUGUUGGUUUACUCCUGAGUUACAGAUGUGUCUGGGGUUCUGGAGGCAGCUGUGUUCUCGGGCUGGCUGAUCAUCAGACAUUGACUUUGGCCCAGAGGGGUUCAACACAUCGUUACCUGGAAGGAGUUGCCUUUAACUGCUGUUUGGGGUUUUGAUGCUUUUUAUGCUACAUGGCAUGCUUUAAUUCUGAAAGAGCUAAGUGCCCUUUGCAGUCUUUCUAAGAAUGUCUUAUAACUCUGCACAUAGAGACCACCCAGGAAGCACAGGCAUUCAGGGUGGGUGCGCCUCUCCCACCCCCGCCUGUCUGCUUGGGCCCACGGGGUUGCCCUCCGGUUUCCAGAACCCACCCAGGGUGCUGGAGAGGGCGCUGCUCUCCUCCCUGUAGUGAUGUGAGCUGUUGCACUCAGAUCUGCCUGUGAGCUUUUUGCGCACAUCUGCAGAAGACCCAAGUGGGCCCUUCUCAUCAUGUCUACAUUUAUGAAAGAUUAUCAAAAUGGGAGAACUGAAGAUUACUGGUGCUUUGGUGACACUUUCCUGUCUUAUUGGCUGGUGUGGCAAAUUUCGAUGUGUUAAGUCCUUAAGAUGCCCCUGGUGUCAUGACUGAAGGGUUAAGGCCAGUCCCCUUUGGGGGGCAGUGAAAGGAGGUUGAGUUAUCUCCUACUUAAAACCUCCUUGGAUUAAGUAGUUCAGAGUUAAAGCUAAAACACCAAAUAUUAACACUUUUCCCCAAGUGUCUCCAGGAACUAGACUUUGAGGUCGUCCUCAUUCAGUUCUUCCCGCAGCUUCAAGGUCUGUAAAAUUUGUGAAUUUGUCCCUAGCAUACCCUUUGCCACUGGCCGGGAGGCGCAAUGCAGAUGGCUUACCAGGUCCAGGUGCUCGUGUGCGGGACCUGGGGCUCCUUCAAACUCUGGAGAUGGUGUGCACAAUCUCGAGGGACAGGAAAGGGCAGGCCCUCUGUCCCAAGAAGCAGGUGGUGCCUGGGCCUUCCUAGGGUCCUGAAGGUGCCAGCCUGGUCGUGUUCUGGAAGACCCAGUCUCAGACUCUGUGCCUUUAAAGUCCGGUCCUCACUGUCCUUUCAGAAUCAUGUCAGGCUACAUCUCUGCUGGGAGGUUAGCCUGCGCCAUUCCCAGGUCAUUCAUUGCCUCUUGCCUUGGAAUGUCCUCCCCUCUGCUCCUCAGCGAACUGGCGCUGGCCAUGCACUGUCUAACCCACAGGUGAUGUGCUCGGUCUUGUUGCAAAAAAAAAAAUACGCUUAGUUCAGUCACAUCCUGACCAGUCCACCUCUGCUGGGAUGUCAGGAGGUUGGUGCACAACCCAACUCUUAGGCAGUGGCCAUGACCAUCAGCAAAACCUGUUGGUUUUGUUCUCAUAGUCACUCAUCAAGAAUAUUUAUUGUAAUGGAAGUAGAUGUUUUAAAAGGAAUUGGAAUCAUGUGUUUGUAAAAUGCUUGUGAAGUCCUCAGACGUAAGGUGCUACUGAGUCCGCCCGUCCUUAUUUUAGAACGCUUUUCAUUAUUGCUGUUUUGUGACUUGGGGAAGCUGCUUGCUUAGGUGUGGCGUGCACGUCCGAUUCCAGUUGUGAUAUACCUAACAUGCAGUUUUUCUUCUUCAAGCCAGGUAUUGAGCAGUUUUUUGGCCAACACCCUUCUCUGUUAAGGGAUGGUUUUCUUGGUUUUAAGUGGAAAAUAACCCAGUGCACUCAUUUUUAAAUCUGUAGGAGACCCUUUUUACUUCUCUCAGCCCAUCCCUCCCCCCAGACCCUCCGCUGCCUUUAGCAGAGGUGCUGGCUUCAGAGGGGUGACAUGUUUGUUAACAAUUUAGUUCCUCUUCAAAGCCAGACACAUGUGACUCACAUCCGAAAGUAUAUAGUUUAGCAUUAACUGAAACCUCAGUCCUGAGUUUGAUGGUGGAUUUUAAUGUAGUUGUUACAGGUAUGAAUUCAUGUUUUAUAACUGUAGAGGCAAGCAAGUUUUUUAUUUUUUAAAAAGUUGUAAGAGAAUAAUUGUAAGUUUCUGUGCAGCAAAGUGGCUAAUUACUCAUCAAAUAUAAGAAGAGAAUGUAGUAUCUAAAUGCAGAUUUUUCUUACCUCUGGUACACUGCAGAUUACUUACCUAAUAUUGUAUUGAGGGGUUUUAACCCUUAAGUUUUACCAAUUUUUCUAGUUUUAUUUUAUUUUUAUAAAAUAACUGAAAAAGAACCAAAAAUGAAUUUAGAAGUUCCUUUUUAAUUUACCCCACAGUAAGACAUUUUGAAUCAAAAUGUAUUAUGACCAUUUAAAGUUUACUAUUUUCUAAGAAGCUGAGCAGCUCGCAGGGCCUCGUUCAGGUGGUACCCGUGUGCGUCUGGGGGCUCCUUUGAACCUGUACAGUGCAGCUACGUGAUGGCGUCUUGUGUUUGCGACAUGGGAACCAGGCAGUGCUGUUUUGUAAAUUGACAGUUCCUGUAUAAACUAUUAUUUAUAUACCUUGGCUUCUCUGUGUAAGUUUUCAUUUGCUACAUGUAUUGUAAAAUUAAUUAUGAAAUUAUAGUACCUGCUAAAUACAAUUCUGGGGCUUCAUGUCAUUGUCUUUAGUUUAAUACCAUGCUGUGUGUGUUGAGGAUGUCCAUUGCUUGCAUGAUACUAGGUGGUGAUGCCACUUUAAAUUAAGCCUUAAUCAGAUGUUAAAUUUAGUUUCAGAGUAUGCAAAAAUACUAGGCAGAGUGAGUUUAAACUGUUCAGAUCAAGAUGCUAUAUCAUGAUUCAGCAAGUCUUUUCUCUGGAGUUAAAAAGGGAAGCAUUCAGCGAUACACCUCCCUGUCCGGUCCUCCUCCCCCUCCCCCUGGUCUGUCUUGGCUGUUGCCAUUGCCUGGUGAAAAUGGACCAUUGUGCUUUUCUGUGGCAGUCAGUCAAAAAGACCUGUUCUGAAAGUCUUGAGACAUUUUCAGGGUUAUUUUUAAUGUUUGGGUUUUCCCCCUUCCAGUCUGAGAUUUAUCAUGGCUGAUGGAGUGUCAAUUUUGGUGUGGGUCUCAGUUGAGAUUCACUACGGCUGGUGGAGUGUGCGAUUUUGGUGCGGGUCUCCCUUGCAGACCUGCUCGUGAUCUAAGCUUUCUUCAGGUAGUGCCACCCGUCACUGUUUCUGCAUAUGAUUAAAAUGCAUUUUUGUUUUUGUAAAAGCAUCUGAAAUUUAGAGAUAAAAUGGAGGGGACCCAGCUUUCUUUACAAUGUGGAUCUACCUCAGUUAAACAGUUGGGUGCUAUUUACUAAGGCUGUCAAAUUAAAUUGGAAAAAGUAACCAAACAGUGAGAUACAACUCCACAUGAAACUUGAAAUCGUCAUUUCCGUUUAUUUAAUAAUAUUUUUAUUUAUUUUUGUGCCUUUUAGUUGAACCCUAAUGCAUUAAAAAAUCAGUACAAAAUUAAAUGUUUUGUAUCACAGGUGGAGAGAAAAGCUCAAUUGGUCAUGGAAUUUUAUAGAUUUCCCCCCCAGCCAACUCAUAAUAAUGUAUUGGAAUCCCAACCGCCCUGUCGUGAAAAGAAAAAACAUGUAUGUCCAAGAGCAAAUUAACAUUUUAUAAACAAUAAAUUCCAAACUCUUCUAUGCAUAUAUUUAUAACUGUCACUUCAUUUCUGUGCCAGUGAAGGGGCGGCCAAAAAAAAAGAAAAAAAUCACAAGUCCUCUUACUGCUUUUCUGCCAUUCAUGCCCCCUCUUCCUCUGGCACAUUUUCUAGGAAUUUAUUUCAUAAGCAGCGAGUGGACUGUUGUCGAUCCCUCUCUCCUGACCCACCUGCUGGGUGCUAGUGACCACAGACAGAAAGGGAAAGGCUGUGGCUGCUGCUGAACACAGAGCCAUCUCCAUGGGUUGGGAGAACUCGGACAGGGGAGCAAGGGAGACGGGAGGCAGACGACUUCGCAAGCUUUUCUAUUUGGCAGUUUACAAUUCUAGACUUUUCCUACUAUGGCAAGCUUUUUCUUACUUAAGUCUUUGGAGGUAACACAGUAUUUUGGAGUCUUAAGAAUUUGAUUUUAUACCAAUAAGAAAUAAAGAUUAGAGAUCUUUCCUGUAGUAUAUAGUUUUACUAUUUUAAAGGGAUCUCUGAAUUUUACAAGAGAACCAACAUUCCUUAGUGGCAGAACUUUGAAAGUUGAUUUGGGAAGCUUUUAGCUGAAGGAUCUCAAAAAAAAAAAAAAAAAGGUGAUUCUAGUUAAAUGUUUUUAAUUUUUUAACUUCCAUCAGGUUAAUACUUGAGCUAUAUUUUAUAAAGCGUAGAUCAUCCUUUAGUAUGCUGCAUAUAAAGAUCAGCAUUGUUGCACUUUCUCAGUAAUAAUAAAUGCCCUGCAAUUGGCUCACCGGUAAGCAUUUUGUUUUUAACCUAACAAGAGUACUUUGGGGCAAGAGAUUACAUUUAUAUAGGUACCUCAAAAAAAAAAAAAAAAAAAACACGAACCUGAAUAUGCUGCAUUUUAUUUCUUUAGCUUUUACAUGUAGCGUUUUGUUUUGUUUUUGUUAUUUUGUUUAGAUAUAUGCUUUUUGGACCCCAAAAGACUGUUGAAAGAAAAUUUAAAGUUACUUUUGUAGAGAUAUAGUACCCUUUAAAAAAAAAAAAAAAAACUUUACUGCAAUAUCUGGUUCAAAGGUUGCCCUACAUUAAAAUAAUACUUUACCUAAAUACACCUGAGGAAAAGGAUAGUAUGUUUAUAAGCAGACAAUAAUGUUCUGAAUCUGUUCUGUUCAUGCUGCUUUCUUAAUAUGUUAUCUCCAUGUCAUCAAGAGGUUGGAUAACUUAUUUCUGUGCUCAAAGGUAAAAAUCAUGGCAUCUUUAAUUUUUUUUUUAACCCAGACCUCAAAAUAUUGCCAUUGAGUAAAUAGCAUGAUGCUAAAUGCAUUGCUGAAAUUAGGCAGCCCCAUUAACUGGUCUUUCCAGAGGGCUGGUCUUCACACACCUUUAUUCCUCAGUAUUCACCCUAAACUGAACAGAUGGGGAGUGGUCUUGAUUGACAAGAUAAAACUGGUGAAGAAAGCUAAAUGCUGAGAGACUGAGCAUCUAUUGUCAUGUUUAAGCUUAGCUGGGUCCUUUCAAGUUUGUUUUUACAGCUUACUAGGUUAAGUAGUUUGCACUAUUUUUGCAAUAAAUUCAUGGAAAACCUAACAGUUACUUGUUUUUGUUUCUUACUGUGUGUAUAUAAACUAAUACUAAGAGUUUGGCAUAGUGUUUUUUCACCUCCUUACAUAACCCCUAACAUGCACAGAAUGCUGUAAAUCUGAUAAAAUAUGAUGUGAAUGAUAUUUUAUAAAGUUAUUUUGUAUGGUGUCAAUUUUGUUUUGCCUCAUAGUAUGUCAGCAAAAAAUAAAAUAAAAUUCCUCCUAUUUA